AUGGCAAAUGAGUUAUUUAUGAUGGAUGCCUCGCCCACUGGAGGUGCAAUCUGUAAGGUGCCCGUUUCAAAGCAUACAGCAGAAGAGCUCUGGCGUCACACUGAGUUGCGGGGUUUUCAUACCAAGCUGGACUCUGGGGCUGGCGAAGUACUUUCUGAACUGGGCCUGGAUAAUUUUCCUGUUUUUGGUGAGGAUUCAAGACCCGUUGAUUUGGGUCCACUUGCUGUUGAAGGAGCUGGUUUAGUGUAUGAUUGCAUCGAGCUCUUCGCAGGCUCAGCAAACUGGAGCAGGGCUCAUGCACAGCAGGGUUUCUCUGUGCAUCCUGGCUUGGAGCGGGAAGCCGCAGGAUUGAAGUAUGGGGAUCUUGCAGAUGACCGGACUUUUUACCGGAUGGUUCAUUUGGCGGAUUCUGGGCAGAUCAAGGAGUGGCAUGCUGCACCUCCCUGCUGGAGCUUCGGUACGUUGCGACGACCUCGUCUUAGGUCGAAGCAGCAACCUGCAGGGUUUGAUCCGGAUGAUCGUGUGACAAGGGAGCAAACUUUGCUAGCAGUGCGCACUUGCUUCAUCUUGACUGUGGCGCUUCUGCGUGGUGCUUUCAUUUCGAUUGAACAGCCGGGUGCGUCUGUCAUGUUUGAGCUGGAAUGUUUCCAGCGACUCCUGUCGCUGGGUUGCUGGAUUACCAAGUUUGCUUUCUGCAAUUGUGGAAGUGCUUUCAACAAGCCGUCAAACGCUAUGGCGGAGGGAGCUUGGGCUUUCAGACAGACUCUGGGAGGGGCGAGCGGGGACUGUUCCCAUGACAAGUCUCUGCGGCCGUGGCACCAAGAUCCUGAUUGGGUGAAGGAGCUCGCUCUCAGCCUUCCUUUUCGAGAGUUGUUCCGCUAUUCUUUCAAGAAGAGCAGUAGUCCAGCCUUGAGUCAUAUCCUGCGGACAAGCUUGGGAUAUAUCUUAGGUGGUGGCUUGUACAUUGGGUGUUUGCAUGUGCGAUCAGCCUGGAAUCGGGCUGAUGCCCCGUCACGAGGUAGACCAGUUGAAGCUGCUUCAAGGGAGAUUCGUCCUUGGUUUUUAGAUCUGGAGAGUGGCGACCACAGGCGUUUUGACCAGGUGAUUGCCAGUGCGAAGUGGGUCAAUCCUUUGGGGCGCUGGGUUCGUAUCCUGCUUCUUCUUGCAGGGGACAUUGAACGCAACCCCGGACCUGAGUCGAUGGGGCCGCGAAAAUACCAGCCACGUGGUCCUCUUGAUUUGAAUGUCGGGUUGUCACAGGCGACAGCGGCCCGCAUGGAGAUGUGCCUGAAGGAUUUUUCGAAUUGGCUGGGUCUGGAUUUAGAUGAUGCACUAGCUUCAGCUGAGGUCGCCAACUUGGCGCUGAGAGCGUACGGUAUGGAACUCUUUGCUGGGGGGUUCCCCCGCUACAAGUUUGUGUACGCAGUGACAGGAGUUCAGCAUUUGAGGCCUGAAUUUCGGAUGCAGCUUGCUGGCGCUUGGCAGGUUGAUAAAUGCUGGCAGAUUCAUGAACCAGGGCAAUGUCGCGCUGUGCUCAGCGUACCUAUGCUUCGAGCAGCAAUCUCUCUGUCCCUGCUUUGGGGAUGGUGUACCUUCGCAGCACUGGUCGCUAUUGGUUUUGCGGGCAUGCUUCAUCCCAAUGAAUUCAUUCACCUGACCAGGCGUGACCUGAUUUUUCCCAAGGAUGCGAUGUCCUCUGACCCUUGGAAUGCAGUUUUCGAUCAUUUGCAGAUUCCCCGACGUCAGCUGGAGAAAGGCGCCACUCCAGGCUCCCUUCGAGGCUCUGGCGCAACAGCUAUGUAUCUGGAUUCGGAGGAUAUCCCCAAGAUCGCAUGGUCCGUGGCCGCCAUAGGCGCAACUUCAGGAUCUCUGUCAGCGCUGCUGCUGCGUCUUCUGACUGAGGGAAUCGGUGCUCCUCUGGGGGCCAACACCUUUCCUGACUGCCCGAUUUGCAACGAGUGCACACUGAGUGACCUUCUGUCUAGCCCAGCCUGGGAACGGAUUGACCUGAUUAGCCUUGCGUUGGGGAUUCUGGUAGGGCUUGCUUUAGGCACUCUUUUGGACUUGUGCUUUCUGGCUAGACAGGCUGAGUUUCAGGCCUUGCUCUUGGUAGUUGAAGGGCUGCAGAAGCGAGUGGCCGAGUUUGAACUGGUAGUGACUGAACCUUCGUCUGCUGCUGCUAGCGUUGCUGAGGCUGCUACUUCCUUGACGGCAGAGAGGUUGGGGGCUGCCAGACUCAUCGGUGCCUGGAUUCGGCGCUGUUUGCGUGGGGAGCCACGAGGAGGAUCUGGUGGUGAGGACUUGCCUGAGGACCUCACUGCCCGCGGAAAUCUCAUCGCCUCAGGUGGGGAGGUUGACUUUGACUACUCGGUGGGAGUGCUGAGUUUGGAGGAGUCUGGAACCUCUGUAGCAGCUAUAGCCGUUGCCGAAGUCGACGGUGAGCUUUUGGUUGCUGUGCCAUCGGAAGCAUGGCACAAGAAGGUCAGGAACAGACGCCUCCCAGAGAAAGCGCUGAGGAAGGCAGUGAAAGUAGUAGUGCCUUUGAGUUCCGAGCUGGAUCGCUCGGCAGCAGAGGGCGAGCCCAGUCUCGGAGUUUGGCUGGGCAUUUUGGCCCGAACCUUGGAACAGAACAUCAGCUACGACCAGGCAGCGGCCGAGCUGGACUUUCCCUCUCUCCCUUUUGCAGGUGCUCUGGUGGCGAUUGCCGGGGACCACUUCAGCUUCUUCACUGCGGAGUCAGAGCCGCCAGCAGCAAGCUUCGAAGCUCGUUUUGCAGCCUUGGAAGAGGGGCUGAAGCAGGUGACAAAAGCUCUGCAGGCAUCAAAACCUUCGCACCCUCUUGCGGCGGCCUCGAAGAGCAGGGCGAAGCCUCAGCUCUCUCCCUUGGCAGAGUUGCCACCAGGGUUGGACCCGGGGGUUGCUCAGCAGGCCCUGCAAGCUGGCGUCAGUCGGCAGUUGGAAGAGAUGGCCUCAAUCCUCAAGACUCCUCGAGCUGGGGCAUUGCGCCACCCGGCACGGGAGGAGACUGCAGUGCGCUUCGCGGACUACGAGGACGAAGAGGACUCCCCGGUGGAAGAACUGGAGCCAAGAGGAUCUGGCGGUGCCGACCCUAUGAGCACCGCAGUGGUGCAGAUGUCAAAGAUCUUAGGGCAGAUGUACAAGGACAAGCAGAAGGCAAAAGACAAGACUCUGGAGGGCAUCCUGGACUACGCCGAAUCUGGUUCAGCGGCGAGCUCUACCGCAGGUGCUUCCAGGUCGAAAGCUGCAGCCCUGCGGUCCCUUCAGCGCAUGCUGACGGACAAGCCUCAGCUGCUCUAUGCCGAGAUCGAGAGUGCAAUGCAGAAGGAUUGGGAGAGGUCAGGUCAGCUCCCUGGCUUAGCUGCCGGGGGGGUCACAGCAAGGGGGUGGUUGGAACACCGCUCCCGAGUUCAGAACUUCCCUUCCACAGUGCGCACAGCUUGGAUGAUAGCUGGUGUGCUCGAUGCCCUUCGCAGCAACAAAAUUGCGGAGGCUCGGGCAAGGUGUGGCCUAGCCCUUGCCGCUUUGGACCAACAGGCAGUGGACAAAGGGAGCUGGCUCCUAGCAGCCGAGGUUGCGCUCGAGCCCCCUCCUCCUUUUCACAGCUUUGCUCUUCAUCGCGCUCCGGAUCCUUGGGAAUGUCCUCACAGUUUGCUGGUGGAUCCGCGAUGGUGUGAGCUCUUCAUGACAAAGCUCAAGGACAUCUCCGACUUUCAGGAGAAGAAGGGAAAGUUGUCUGCCCAUCAAGGGGAGCCUUGGGUGCAAGAGCCUCAAGCCUCAAAGGGCGAGCCCGCUCCCAAGAAAGCAGCAAAAGGAGCGGGAAAGGGCAAGCAGGAGGAAAAGAGCAAGGAGGGCGACAAGAGUGCGGAUUUGCAUGUGCCUGGCGCCGCUGCGAAGCCUGUGGAUGCUGGGUCGCUUUGGGGUGCAUUGACGAGGCGAUGCCCCGCCUUGCUGUCUUGCGCGUCUAGCCUCAAUGCAGCACAAUGGGCUGUGGUGAAGCGGCUGGAAGAGCAUGUGGAUGAUGUUUUGCAUGUAGGAGUAGUAGGCCCCGCCGAGAUAGGCAGGGGUGCUGCCAAAGUGGAAAGCUUGGAUGAAUUAAUUUCAGAUUUGGAGUGCGAUGCUCGUGAUGUCGUCGGGGAAGGUUACUUCCAUAGAUGUGCUGGUGCUGCACACAAUUCCCUUGGCUCAUCCCUGUCAGCAGGAGAGGUAGUUGGUAGCAUGUCUGGUGCCAAGCCGGUGGAGGCAAAGGCUAUUGAACCUGAUCGGCUGUCUUUGCCCACGGCACCUCCUUCUUUUGAUCCGACUCCUUUGUUGCCAAAGCUGCAUCGAGAUGUUUUUCUAGACCCUGUAGCUCAAGCGGAACCGGUCGACUCCUUUGCGGAUAGGCCACCAAAAGUCCGAGUUCAUGCUUCACGUCAACAGGUUAGGAAUUUGCUGCAGCGAUUGGACGCUUCAGGGCGGGUUGUAUUAGCAAAGCCUGAAGAAGUGCGCGAAACUCAUUUGUGUGGAGCGUUUGCUUUGGUGAAAGAUGCAGUGCAAGACCGUCUCAUCCUUGAUGCAAGGCCUCCCAAUAGCAAAGAGAUCAAGUUAGACACCUGGUGCAAAACUUUGGCUUCCUGUCACACUUUGGCUCUUCAGGAACUAGAACCUGGGAAGAACAUGUACUUUUCUGGCACUGACCUCAAAGACUAUUACCAUGCGUUCAAGGUGACAAACGCUAGAGCUUUUCGCAACGCCCUAGCUUGCCCCUUGUCAGUUGCAGAAGCUCAGCAGUUGUCCUGUUUUAGAGAAGAAGAUGUCAACUCCCCCUACCUCUACCCGUGCCUUUCUGCACUAGCUAUGGGUGACAAUCAAGCGGUAGAACUGGGCCAACUGUCUCAAAUACAAUUGGGGUUUUUAGCCAGAGCUUUUUCACCCUUCGAGCUUCUAGUUGUGCAUGGUCGGGCGCCUCGCGCUGUGGCAGCUGGCAUUGUGAUUGACGAUGUGAUCUUUGCUGAACAUGCUGAGCCAGAUGCAGUGGCGAAGGAGGACAUGGAAGGUGUCAGGCGCUUGAAUUUUCUUUGUGAGGAGUACCUGCAGCAGGGCUUACUAGCACACCCCCGAAAGACUUUUCGGGCUGAACAUGAGGCGGAGUUUUGGGGCUGCCUAGCAAAUGGUGUGACUGGACGGGUGCGAGCCAAUCCAAAACGUGUCGUGCCCUUGGUUGAUCUUUCUUUGCGUGUAGCCCGGUUGGGGCUGGCUUCAGUAGCUCUUUUAGAGGUUCUGGCUGGGGGCUGGAUAUCGGUGCUUCAGACGAGGCGCCGUAUGCUCUGUCUGGUGCAGUUCAUGUAUGAAGCCCAACGUGGGCGGCAGCAACAAGACAUUGUGAAGCUCAGCCCUAGUUUGGUGGAGGAGCUCUUUGUGCUGGCCAUUUUGGCCCCUCUUGCUGCAGCGGAGAUGAGGGCGCCUUCCAUUCCUGAAGUGUUUAUGAGUGAUGCUUCCGAGUGGGGGUCGGCCUCGGUGCGAGCACGGCUGCCUUUGUCCUUAGCGAAGGAGUUCCAGCGGCAUGCGCUGUCUAGAGGCGCUUGGUCAAAACUGCUCACACCAUGGAAGGCUUGGCUGAAGAUGCCCGAGGAACCCUUUCCGACUGAUGAGCUGCCGGAUGGGGUGCCACUAGUUUCCCAUCCUCUUUGGUUGCUGCUGGCGCAGGCUUUAGGCUAUGAGGUGCACCAUGUGAAAAAGGAGUCUACGAGACGAGUGGCUUUGGCAGCUCUGGUGAAAGGCUGGAGCGCUUCUCCAAACAUCAACCGCCUGCUCCAGUUGUCUUUGCCGACCAUCUUGGGUAGUGGCAUCUACGGGAAUUAUGGCUAUGUGCCGUCUUUGGCAAAUCCCUCGGAUGAUCCUACGCGAGGUGCAGAGCUGCGUUCUGCGGUCCAGAGCCUCCCAUCAUGGUGGGCUGCUGCUGCCGCGGGGGAUUUCACUGAGUUUGAUGCAUGGCUUAGCUCUUUAGGAUAUGAUCCUUUGCAAUUAGCAGGGGUUCCGUUUGCUGCAGCGGCAGAUGUAGAUAGGCAGGGUUUGGUAGGGGAUUUGCUGAAAAAUCUGGCCUCGGUCCAAAAACCGGAACGGAUGGCCAAGUUUAGAGAAGUCUCUGCCGGCAUUUGUAGUGAUGCACCGGGCCAGCCAAGGAAGUUUCACAACCCGCGACUGAAUUCAGCCCGGAGGAGCCUUGUACUGAUUCUAUUUAAUCCUCCUUGUGCAGGCACUGGUAGCGGUUUUUCUGUUUGUACAGUAGCUUCAGCAGUCUCACCCCUGUCCGGUAUACAAGAACAGACAAGAGGGCAUAAGAGGCUUGAAAGCCCAAACCAAGAAAAGAACAAGAGGCCUCAAGAGCUUUUUAAGGUUCGGCCCAAUUCCAAAGCUGUUUGUUUCCAGUCAGAGCAGAGCCCCACUGCCAGUAGGAAAAGUAGGAAUCCUGCUGCGAGGGUCCUCUCCGAGCGAGCUGUCAAAGUGCUGAGCUCCUUCAAAGCAGCGCAGUUUGUGCUGCCGAAUGGGAAGCGAGCAACAAAGGGGUUCGUACCUGAACGACAGGGGUUUGUGGAUCUCUACAGUGGUGCUGCUGGAGUUGCGCGAAAAAUAGCCAGAACUUUUGGCGUCUGGGUGCUCACUGUGGACUACAACGAUGGUCCUGAGCAAGAUCUGCUUCAACACGACCUGCAGCUUACGGUGAAGGAGCUGCUGGAAAGCGGCGCUGUUCUCGGCUUAGGCAUGGCUCCAGAAUGUGCUUCUUUUUCAAGAGCUGUUUGCCCUCCGGUGUGCAGCCGCUCCAAGCCUAUGGGUCUCGACGUCUUGACCGAGAACAUGCGAGACAAGAUUCAAAACGCCUUGGCGCAAGAGAACCAGGGUGGCGACAUCCGCUUCUUUGGCAGGAGCAUGGGUGCAGCUGCGGGCUUGAAACCUCUUGGAAAACAAGCUAAAUUGGCAAUAGCUCAAUGCGCCCAGGCUGGACACUGCAGGGUAGGCGAAGCCAAAAACCCUGGACCGGUCGGAAGGAGAGUUGAAAGGGAUGUGAACGUUUUGUUGGGGGUUCCUUUGGUUAACCCCAGUACAGAAAGGCUGCAGCGUAAGGUUUGGGCGGACUUUCAGCAAUGGCUCUCUGAGGAACUUAGUGAGGCUACAGCUGCCCAGGUCUUUGUUUGCCCGGCGCUUGCAGUUCAGAUGCUGCGGAGCUAUGGAGUGGAGCUUUACCGCUCUGGUCAUGCACUUUAUGAACUUAGGCAUUUAUUAGCUUUGGUUCAGAAGCUCUACCCUGCUGUAAAGCCGCUGCUGGGGCCUGCUUGGGCUCUGGUUACGCAGUGGGAAGAGAUAAACCCGGUGCAGCAUAGACAGCCUCUUCCGGAGUUGCUGUACAAAGCAAUGGUGGCAGUAGCUUGGAUGUGGGGCUGGAAGCGAUUUGUAGCUUUACUGCUCUUGGGUUUUGAGGGCAUAGCUCGUGUACCCAAUAGUGAACUCUUGCGAGCUCGGCGAGGAGAUUUGGUACUCCCAUCAGAUCUGGGCACUGCUGAGGGCUCGGCAGUCUUUCUCAAGAUCCGGAAGCCGAAAACCAUGAGACGUCGGAAAGGCCGAGUUCAGCAUUUAAAGAUCGAUGGCGAAUUGGUUUCUGUGUUUCUGGAGUCGGUGCUGGGCCCCCUUGAAGAGUUUCUACCUUUGUUCCCCUUGUCAGCUGCAGCCUUCAGAACCAGGUGGCAACGAGUCCUUUUUGCGUUGUAUGUGCCGAAGCACUUGCAGCCAACCCCUGCCAGCUUGCGUGGUGGAGGUGCGAUUGCUGCCUAUAGACGGGGAGAGAGCAUUCAGAGCAUCAUGUGGCGAAUGCGCCUUUUGUCCCUCAGUACCCUGGAAAGUUACCUUCAGGAGUUGGCUGCUGAAACUUUUAUGACCAAACUGCCACAUAGUGCAAAGUCAAAAAUUCGUUCUGCUGCACUGUUUUUCCCUCUAGCCCUAGGUCACUCAGUCUGA